ACCAAAUUGAUUCACAAAUUUUGGUUUUGUAUGAUUGACCCUAGAUCGUAUGGAAUUAUAAGAUGGCCAAUCUCUCCAGCAAUGGUAUCUUUUUUGUGCGCCAUAAACUUUGCUGUUUGCUUAAGCGUGGAUACAUACCACACAGUCCACCGAGCAUCUAUGGAUACUAGGAAAACAAAAAAGCGCAUAUCACAUAAAAUCGUUACCAAACAUAAGUUGAGUUUAUUUCAGAAACGUGAGACUCAAGAUAUCAACAAUACCACCAGCUGGAUGAUGGCAUGUCGAUCACCUGACGAACCCUCCGUUGUAGGGGCUACGUAGGUGCCGUGGCUACGGGUACUAGUUUAUCUCCUUUUGGUAAUCCAUCAUGAUGAAUCACUCGUACUGGUACUACAAUCUGCAGCACGAGACCACCUAGAAGUGCCAGACCUGCCGGAUCAUGAAUGUACAUGCUACGUAGCAUACCUAGGUAUAGACGUAUCACGAGAUGUUCAGGGAUCUAAAAGUUGCCGGCUGAGGCUGAAAAAUGCAAAAUGCAUUGUAGCUGCCUACACCUAUAUUAUCACCUGCAGGAUUCAACGAUUCUCAGAUUACGUACAUAGUUAGUUGUCCUUGUCAAUAUCAUAUGC